UACACCUGUAGCUGAGUCAUCCUUUAUGUCCAAGUCAAGAAUAUCAUCUUCAAUUUCAAUUCAUCUUGAUGUAGAUUCAAAUGCUGAUAGUGAAGAAGAGUACGAACCACUUUUAAUCUUUCACCAGCAUUCCUUGGACAAUCUGGAUUCAGAAAGUAGUGGCGACGAAAAAACCAUGGAGGCAAACACUAAAAGAACCUACAAAAAAAACAAAAAUCAGUAA